CACUCCUGGCCAUCAGCCGGGACCUGGGGCACCUGCAGUGUCUCCGCCUGAGGAAGCUGCAGCGGCUGACGGACGCAGGAUGCACAGCCCUGGGGGGCUUGCGGGAGCUGCACAGCCUGGACCUGGCAGAUGCUGCCUGGUGAGCGGGCGGGGCCUGGCCCAGGCCCUGGGUUCGGGGCACAGAGCUCCAGCCCCCUUGGCCUCCUUCAGCCUGGCCUACUGCUCCUCACUCAAGCUACAUCAAGAGCUGGAGCAUCAGGCCUCGGGCCCCAAGGACCCUUCUCCCCAUCCACAGGGCCCUUCCCUGCUCAUGCUGCGGGCCCUGCGGGAGUUGGAGCUCACAGCCUGCAGCAAACUAACUGAUGCCAGUUUGGCCAAGGUGCUCCAGUUCCCCGAGCUGAGGCAGCUGUCACUGAGUCUGUUGCCAGCACUCACAGACCAGGGCUUGGUGGCCGUGGCCAGGGGCUGCCCCAGCCUGGAGCGCUUGGUGCUGAGUCACUGCAGUGUCCUCAGUGACGAGGGCUGGCCCAGGCUGCAGCACCUCAACCUGGCCAGCUGCGGGCAGCUCACCGAGCAAACUCUGGAUACCAUCGGACGGGCAUGCAAGCAGCUCCGGAUGUUAGAUGUGGCCAUGUGCCCUCGUAUCAGCAUGACUCCCGUCAGGCACUUCCAAGCCCAACUGCCCCAGGUGACCUGUGUCCAGUCCCGCUUCGUGGGAGGUGCUGACCUGACCGUAACACUCUAGGGCCAGGUCAGUAACCAACCCUGUGCCUCAGCGUCCGUUGCCCCCCCGCCCUCCAAGUCCCCAGCCCUGGCCUCUUGACCUGAUUCGAGUCAGUGCCUUCUGCCCGCCUCUGCCACAUACACCAAAGCCCCCUCCCCAAGCUAUAAACCCCUUUUUCUCAGACGGCGGGUAGGGCUAAUCCGGGGCAGCCAAGGGGGCUUCCUGCCCCAGUCUGCCCUAGAGCCCAGCAGGAGCCUUUUCCAGCCGUACGUUGCUGCCACAGGCCUCUGGAAAUGCCGCCUCCUGCUCUCCUGGCCAGGCCUGGGUCCGGAGGCCAGGCCCACAGGUGGGGUGCAUCUGGGGCCACGGAGGAGCAGACCACGUGCCUCUUGACCUGCCCACUUCUCCCACCUGAGGCCUGUGCCUCGCCUUAUCCCCUAUAAGGAGCUCUCCCGGCUCUUACUGGCACUGAGCUUCAGCAGCCAGGCCACAGACUUUGUUGUAAACCCAAACAAAAUUAAAAAUUCCAGAUCUUA